AUGACCAAUGAGGUGCCUGGCCCAUCAGGUCAAUGGAUCCAGAAAGAAGCAACCUUAGUUGUUCCAAACAAGGUUAAGAAUGUAAACAAUCACGUCUCUGUACAGACAGGGGAGGAAUUUUCCAUGGAGUUUCUUCAGGAUCGUUUUGCAGCAAGAGUAGUUCCUGCUGUGACUGAUACGGUUGAGAAUUGUGAAAAUAAGGUUGGAUUAAAUUAUAAUCAGAAUUAUCAGCUGGGCUAUCAGGAUCUUAAUGGUAUUCUGGGGUUGAGGAGGACGGAUUCUGAGUGUGCAUCUGAUACAUCUGAUUUUGUCUCGGCGAAAGGGUCAUGCAAAGAGAUUGAAAAUGGCGUUUGUGUUGACAAGUUAAGCAGAUGCAACAGGGAGGAAGUUGAUAGCAGACAAGGAUCAAGGAAGGCUUUUGGAGAACUGAAUUUUGACCGGGCUGGUUUUGGACCAACUACCCUGCCUAUUUAUAUGUCUGAGUCCCCUCAUUCCAACAACCUUAAUGGGUCAGGAGUGUUGGAUGGUUCUCAAUCUGGGAAGAUGAAAUUUCUUUGCAGCUUUGGUGGAAAAAUUUUGCCCAGGCCUAGCGAUGGGAAACUCAGGUAUGUUGGGGGGGAGACACGGAUUAUUUCCUUCAGGAAGAAUAUCUCGUGGGAAGAGCUUGUGGAAAAAACUUCUGGUUUUUGCAACCAACCUCAUACGAUCAAGUACCAGCUCCCAAGUGAGGAUCUUGAUGCUCUUAUAUCUGUGUCAUCUGAUGAGGAUCUUCAAAAUAUGAUAGAGGAGUACCAUGGGCUUGAAAGGCAUGAGGGUGAAUCUGAAAAUACAUCUUCCUUUGAGGCAGAUAGCAUACAACAAAGCAACCCUGAUUAUCAAUAUGUUGCUGCUGUAAAUGGCAUGAUAGAUCCUAGUCCUAGGAAAAACAGUGGAGGGCAGAAUUUGACUGAAGCAAGUCAACAGGGAACCAAGACUUCGCUAUUUCCUAUGGAGAUUAAGAGUGAUUCUAAAGUCUUGCUUCCUAAUCAAAUUUUGAGUGAAUCCCAGAAUAUGGCUAGGUCUGCCGUUCAAUCUCCUUCUUUUUCUCCAAUUACACAUCAACGAGGAGAUUCCAAGAGUGAUCAUUUACAAUCACGUGGUGUUAACUCAUGCCAGGGUAGUAAUGAGAGCAGCAGUUCUUUUGUUAGUUCUCAACCACCACCAGAGAACUCUAGCAUCAGCGCUGCAGGUUAUAAAAAUCAUCCACUGGGGACAGUAACUUUUAUGGAACCUGGCCAACACUAUGGAGGACAUAGUCACAACCGCAAUCCCAGCAAAGAUGCCGCAUCUGCUUUAGCUUUUGGUCAAAACGAAGGUGAUUUUGAUGGAUUUUCUCAUGAGAGGCCAGUCUAUAAGGAAACAUUAACUCCUCCUGACAGGCCUAUCUCACACCCAGAACAUCCAAAGGCUAUGUUGUCAGGAUCUAAUGAUUCCAUUGAUUGUCAUCAUGGCAUACCACAUGCAUUUUCUGAUUCAAAACUGCAAGAGAAUGGAGGGAGGUCUAUAUACUGUUCACAAGAAGGCAUGAGCCCAUCUUCCCCCUUAAACCUCCCAAAAGCUCAAUUGUCAUUGCUGCUGAACUCAGGUGCCUCACAAGAAAAGCCAACCCAACUGCAUGACAAUACCGAAUCUUUCAAUCCUCAGCUGCAAAAUCAGUUACAUGGUAUGGAGUCAAUUGGAUUGCAGAGAAGACUGGAUUUGCCAAAUUCUUCUCCAUGUUUAGAAUCUUUGGGCAGGAAUGAACAUGCUCCCAAAGGUAAUGGUGAUGUUCCUGACAAAUACUGGACAUCUAAAAUGAAAGAUUCUUUGCCUUCGGAACUGACAAAGAAGUUCAAUGAAAAGGAUCCUUUCCUUCAUCAAGAUGAGACCCUUUAUGGGACAAGAUCACCUGCCACUGGUGUUGAGUAUCGGAAUGGAUUCCCUAAUAUAAAUCCCAACCCAACAUCUAGUUUUGUGUCUGGGGUUGUCAUUCCUGCAGCCAUUAGUUUGAAACCUUUGGUAGAUAACAAGAUGGAGGAACCUAAGAACUUCCAACAUGACAAAACCCCUAUCAAUAUUCUUGUCACAAGCCAAAGAACUGCCAAUGAUCAGGAUUGUGCUUUGACAGGGACUGCAAAUGGUGAACAAGGACAGAAUGUUUCAGGGGCCAGGAAUUCUGAAGUUGCAGGAUUAUUUCCAAGUACUAGACAUUCUCGUAAUGAAAAUUCUUUAGCAGAUCUCAUCUCAGGGUUGUCCGAUGGCCCAAACUACCAUGAACCUGCACAUCCGCAACUUGUUGCAAGUCAAAAGGAUGUAGGUUUCCAAGAACCCCUGCUAAUACACUCUGCAAAGAUGUACCCGUCGACAGUUCUUGAUGACCCUGAGUUGCAAGACAGUGACCAUAGGGUGUUGCAGAACCCAAUCCAAGAUGCUGCAUUUAAAAUAGGGGUCUCUCUCAUUGACGAUGACUUUGUAAAUUGCCCUGAUGAGAAUGCUGAGAAGUUGAGCUCGAAUGUUGUUGAAAAUGUUGCUGUGAGACAACCAAAAUCCCUAACAAUGAGUAAUGAUAAAAAGCAGUUGGAGUCGGUGAUAAUUGUGGAAGAUGUAACCGACACUAUUACUCCUGGCAUCCAGUUUUCAUCAGUAGUUUCCCCAUAUUCUGUGGAUGAACCCAUUGGUGAUCUCAUAUCCCCUACUGCAACAGAGGUGGAGAGCAUCAUUCCAGAUUCUGAAUAUGAGGAUGAUAGGGUCAGUGAGGGAGACAAGAGUGAAUCAUUUAGUGAUGCAAUGAUAGCUGAAAUGGAAGCCAGCAUCUAUGGCUUGCAGAUUAUAAAAAAUGCUGAUCUGGAAGAAUUACGGGAAUUAGGAUCUGGUACAUAUGGAACUGUGUAUCAUGGAAAAUGGCGGGGAACAGAUGUUGCAAUCAAGCGAAUUAAAAAGAGCUGUUUUGCAGGGAGAUCAUCAGAGCAAGACCGACUGACAAAAGACUUCUGGAGAGAGGCGCAGAUCCUUUCAAAUCUUCAUCAUCCAAAUGUGGUUGCAUUCUAUGGGGUAGUACCUGACGGAGCUGGUGGUACGUUGGCAACUGUAGCCGAAUUCAUGGUCAAUGGGUCACUUAGGCAUGCACUACUUAAGAAGGAUAGAUCACUUGACCGUCGUAGAAAGCUUAUAAUUGCAAUGGAUGCAGCUUUUGGCAUGGAAUACUUGCAUUCAAAGAAUAUUGUCCAUUUUGAUUUGAAGUGUGACAAUCUGCUAGUCAACUUGAGGGAUCCUCAACGACCUAUAUGCAAGGUUGGAGAUUUUGGUUUAUCGAGAAUCAAACGCAAUACUUUGGUAUCUGGUGGUGUGCGAGGAACUCUUCCUUGGAUGGCACCAGAAUUAUUAAAUGGUAGCAGCAGCCGGGUUUCUGAGAAGGUGGAUGUGUUCUCGUUUGGAAUUUCAAUGUGGGAGAUCUUGACUGGGGAGGAACCAUACGCGAAUAUGCAUUGUGGUGCCAUCAUUGGGGGAAUCGUGAAGAACACUCUUCGACCUCCUAUUCCAGAACGUUGUGAUUCCGAGUGGAGGAAUCUGAUGGAACAGUGCUGGUCACCUGAUCCUGAAAUCCGGCCAUCAUUCACUGAGAUAACUAACAGAUUGCGAGCUAUGUCUAAUGCACUUCAGGCAAAGGCACCUCAGAAUCAGACAAGACAUAUGAAGCCCAACGUUUGA